GAAGAAAUUAGAAAAAGGGCGAAGAAGGAAGAAUGCGUGGGGAAGGCACAAGAACCACCUACGACUAUACGACAGCCAGAAGCGUCGGCGAGGCGCUCGUCAAAAUCAAAUUGCAAACCCAGAAGCCUCCUCGUCCCUCGCAGUUGCUUCCUCGCGGCGGAUUCGCAUCUUCCGCGGCAGGGAGGGUACUCCGCCGGGGUCGGUCGGCGGGAGAAGAGGGGAGGGGAGCUUCGAGAUGGGGACGGCCGCCGCAGCAGCGCGCUUUGUGAACUACCCGCUCGUCGCGGCGCUCCUCGCGUUCGCCGUCGCGCAGUCCUCCAAGUUCUUCACCACCUGGUACAAAGAUGGCCGGUGGGAUGCCAGACAGUUUAUAGCUUCUGGAGGGAUGCCAUCAUCCCACUCAGCUACAGUGACAGCACUUGCAGUGUCUGUGGGAAUCCAAGAAGGCUUUCGUAGUGCAACCUUUGCAACUGCACUGGUCUUUGCAUGCGUGGUUAUGCAUGAUGCUUUUGGAGUCCGGUUACAUGCCGGGAAGCAGGCAGAGGUGCUGAAUCAAAUUGUCUAUGAGCUGCCAGAAGAACACCCAUUAUCAGAGACAAAGCCAUUGCGUGAAAUCCUUGGACAUACUGUUCCUCAGGUUGUGGCCGGUUGCAUCCUUGGAAUCCUCAUGGCUGUCGUUAUGCACUUGGCUCUCGGCAGUUCUUAGUCAAGUGUUGUUCCUGGAUGUCGUGACAGAUCACCAAAUAUCUAGCUGGUGAUGGCUACAAAGCAUGAAAGGAUGAUCUCCCCAUGGAUCUGGUUGUCUCAAGUGUUUGACAGUACAAAGUUCUAACUGAUUUAGAUCUGGACUGUAGGAUAUAGGUUGUAGCUCGAGUUGGUUGUUGUAAAUCUGAAAAGUUUUACUUUCAACUCCAACCACGGUGUGAUGGAAGCUUUGUUAUACAAUCAGCAGCAGUAAGAUCAUUCUUAGGUAAUGAAAUGGAUAUCACGCCAUCACAUUGGCUUUCUGCUUCCUUCAUUCCAAAUUGUAAGUAUUCAUAGGUAUAUAAGUUUUAUUAUGUCUCUA